AUGACAUAUCUCAACCCUUUUGUUGAUCAGGCCUAUGUUGAUUCAAGUGUUAUAAUAGGCCAAGCCAGCAAAUUUCAAGAACAAACAGGAAAGUACAAUAACAUUGUGUACAUGAGCAGUGGCCCUGAAAACAAUUUCUUUCCAGAUUUGAGCAAUACUCCUAGAACAGAUAUCAUUUUCUUUUGCUCUCCUAAUAAUCCAACAGGCUAUGCUGCCUCUCGUCGAGAAUUAGAGCAGCUUGUUGAAUUUGCAAAGAUUAAUGGCUCAAUUAUAAUCUUUGAUUCUGUAUAUGCAACUUAUAUCUCGGAUGAUAGCCCUCGAUCAAUCUUUGAAAUCCCCGGUGCCAAGGAGGUUGCUAUCGAAGUAUCUUCUUUCUCAAAGCUCGCCGGGUUUACAGGAGUAAGAUUGGGAUGGACAGUAGUUCCCAAAGAUUUAUGCUACUCAAGUGGCUUUCCAGUUAUUAAUGAUUAUGACCGAAUUGCAUGCACCUGUUUUAGUGGCGCCUCUAACCUUGCUCAAGCCGGUGGCCUAGCGUGCCUUUCUCCACAGGGCUACAAGGCCUUACAAUCUACAAUCGAUUAUUACAUGAAGAAUGCUGAAAUGUUGGCUGAUACAUUUAAAUCAUUCGGAUUAAAAGUGUAUGGUGGUCAAAACGUACCAUAUCUGUGGGUUCAUUUUCCAGGCUCAAAAUCUUGGGAUAUUUUCAAUCAGAUUCUUGAGAAAACUCAUAUAUUAACAGUUCCAGGCAGGGGAUUCGGUAACAAAGGUGAAGAGUUCAUUCGAGUUAGCGCCUUUGCUCCCAGAGACUCUAUUUACGAAGCAUCCAUGAGGCUAACUAACUAUUUUAGUGAAACAACUCCAAAGAAGCUAUUAAUGAAGCUUCCAUGA